AUGUCAUUAGAGAAUAGCAAGCAGAUAUCAGCAGCAUCAUUGCAACCUGAACUAUGGACAGCAUCUUCCAACGAUGCGCUCAAGAUGUUUGUUACUGAUGGGGAACAAGCGUUAAAUUUUCAGCCAUUGUUUACCUACCCAAUAUUUGGUGACGCAGAGACGAUAUAUGGAUAUAAAGACUUGAGUAUUUUUCUAUGCUUUGAUCAUUACACGUUCAAGCCUUUCUUGAACAUCAAGUAUAAAGAGAAAUUGGAUGAUCCAGACUUGGUUGAUUUGAAAGCCACCAUGGAUAAAUAUGUACCUGAGAGUACCGUGUUUAAAGAUGAAAUUGCAUGGGUUGAUUCAAUAAACGAGGAAAAAAAGAACUAUAAGAUACCAGGUGAUAGAAUCGACAAAUUCAAAAAAGAAGACGUUGAAUACCAGGUUUAUAAGAUUGAUUUGAAACUGGCAGCAGGAUUGGAAUUACACAAGCGAUUACAAAUUCUAGUUUUAUUGUACAUUGAAGCUGGUUCAUUCAUUGAUGCAGAAGAUGACUUGUGGGAUCUUUACGUGCUCUAUGAAAAAGCGACUGAAGAUAAUGAGCCAUCCCUUGCGGGAUUCACCACUGCUUACAACUAUUGGAAGUACCCCGGAGCCAAAAACUUUGAUGAUGAAAAGUCAGAAGUUAGGAUAAAAAUAUCACAAUUUAUUGUACUCCCCAUCUAUCAAGGACAAGGUUUGGGACAAUUAUUUUAUAGCCAUCUUUGCAAAUACUGGUUAGCUAAGGACAGUAUUGUUGAAGUUGUUGUUGAAGAUCCAAAUGAAGGAUUUGAUGAUAUGAGAGAUAGAGCCGACUUGAAACGAUUAGGCGACUUGGGAUUCGACUUUGACAAGGUUACUUCCAAGGACAUUGAUCAAGACUGGAUUAAUAAGACAAGAAGGCAAUUAAAGUUGGAGAAACGUCAAUUUGCAAGACUAUUGGAAUUGAUUUUACUAUAUAAAUUAAAACACAACAAAGAUGUAUCCAAAUCUGAUGUGAGAUUGUUCAUCAAAAGGAGAUUGUACAAGAAGAACAAGGAAGGGUUGGAUGCAUUGGAUGAAGCUACUAGAAGAGAUAAAUUGCAAACUGCUUAUCAAGCAUUGGAGGAGGACUAUUAUAGGAUUCUUGGAGACUUGAGACUUCCGAUAAAGAGAAAACUUGACGGGGGAGAGGUAGCAGAGAGCAAGAAGGCAAGGGUAAAUUGA